GGGGCGGAGCCUGAGGCAGGGCCGUAGACCAAGCUGCCGCGGAAGAUGGCGGCUGAGGCGCUGAGUGGAGGGGAGGCGCCGGUCUGCGACUCCGGCCGGAGUGAUGCCAUCUGCAAUUUUGUCAUUUGCAAUGAUUCUCCCCUUCGAGGUCAGCCUAUUAUCUUCAAUCCUGACUUUUUUGUGGAGAAACUCCGACAUGAGAAACCAGAGGUGUUCACCGAGUUGGUGGUCAGCAAUAUCACAAGACUUAUUGAUUUGCCUGGAACUGAGUUGGCUCAGCUGAUGGGUGAAGUGGACCUUAAGUUGCCUGGUGGGGCUGGCCCAGCGGCAGGAUUCUUCAGGUCUCUAAUGUCUCUCAAGAGGAAGGAAAAAGGAGUAGUAUUUGGAUCUCCAUUGACGGAGGAAGGCAUUGCCCAGAUAUAUCAACUGAUUGAAUAUCUGCACAAAAACUUGCGAGUAGAGGGCUUGUUUAGAGUACCAGGCAACAGUGUCCGACAGCAGCUUCUGAGGGAUGCUCUCAAUAAUGGGACCGAUAUUGACUUGGAUUCAGGAGAGUUUCACUCAAAUGAUGUUGCCACGCUGCUGAAGAUGUUUCUAGGAGAGUUACCAGAGCCCCUGCUGACUCAUAAACACUUUCAUAUACACCUCAAAAUUGCUGAUCUGAUGCAGUUUGAUGAUAAAGGAAAUAAGACCAACAUACCAGACAAAGAGCGGCAGAUUGAGGCCCUGCAGCUGCUCUUCCUAAUCCUCCCUCCAGCCAAUCGGAACUUGCUAAAGUUACUGCUUGAUCUCCUGUAUCAAACGGCGAAGAAGCAAGACAAGAAUAAGAUGUCUGCCCAUAACCUUGCUCUUAUGUUUGCACCCCAUGUCCUGUGGCCCAAAAAUGUCACUGCAAAUGACCUUCAGGAGAAUAUCACAAAGUUAAACACGGGGAUGGCUUUUAUGAUCAAACACUCUCAGAAACUUUUUAAGGCUCCUGCUUAUAUUCGGGAAUGCGCCAGAUUGUACUAUUUGGGCUCCAGAACUCACAUGUCGAAGGAUGAUCUUGAUCUGACAACCUCAUGUCAUGCCAUGUCCUUCCAGCUGGCAAGAUCUCAGAAACAGAGCAGAGUAGAUUCUUAUUCCCAGCAGGAGGAGACCCAGCAACACACAGAAGAGGCACUGAGAGAGCUCUUCCAACAUGUUCAUAACUUGCCAGACUCAGCCAAGAAGAAACAACUUAUCAGACAGUUCCAUAAGCAGUCUUUGACUCAAACGCCAGGGAGAGAACCUUCUACUCCCAGGGUCCAGAAGAGAGCCCGCUCACGCUCCUUCAGUGGGCUUAUCAAGCGCAAAGUCCUGGGCAGUCAGAUGACUUCAGAAAAGAAAAACAGUUCUCCUGCUCCAGAGUCUGUGGCCAUGGGGGAACUGAAGAAAGCCAGCAAAGAAAAUACAAACUUGGUCUUCUCUGGCUACCCAGCUGUCACAGUGACACCAAUGAGACUGAAAUGGUCUGAGGUGAAGAGAGAGGGGAGAAAAGGAUUCUUUUGAAGGCUCUGCAUACUUCUCCUGUUCUUCACAGUGAAGUUUCUCUUCGGUGGGACAAGUAUGAUUUCUGUUUUCAGUGAAGUUUGGACUUGCAGCCUGCUUGCUGCAUUUUGACUUGUGAAAGCCAACUCAAACCCUGACCCGACUGAUACCUCUAACCCACUCACUGGAUGUCGCUGAAGCUGUGCCUCUGAGCGAGUGCUACACUCUUGUUUGUUCUUAAUGUCAGGAAGCCACUGCCGGCCUGGCCCAGCUUGCACAGUGCAGCAGGCAGGCAGGGUCAGCUACUCUUACUCAAUGUGCUCAGGUCGGUUCUGUUUGUUCAAAUAGAAAAUUUUGUGUUUAAUUGCUAGUAAUAUUUUUUAAAAGUACUGUAGGGCUUAGUGGAUUGUUAUUAUUCUUAACUGGUAUUUGAGGCUUUCCUCUGUGUUGUUAGUAUUGAGUAUUGAGUAUUGCUUGUCUAUUUACUUGUUUUAAAAGCCAUUAUUUUGAUGAAUAAUUAAGCGAAUUACAAGUUAAAUGCCUUUGACCCCUUUUCAUUUUGAGCUUGAGAAAUCUCUUUAUCUUUGUGUUCAAAGAAUUUACAGCUUUCCUAGACAAACUAUUAUUCUUGUGUCUAAUAUAGAGGAUUUGACCUGCCAAUGAGAAAGAGUUCAGUGUAUUUAACAGAGCUUAGUUACUAAGCUGCACCCCAUCCCCUGUCUUCCUCUUAUGAUGUGAGAUGGCUGUGUGGUUGUUACCUUGGUGAUGUGGGAUGGUUGUUUGAUUGUUACCUUGGUGAUGUGGGAAUAGCUGUAUGGUUGUUACCUUGGUUCCUUCAUUAUCAUCCUCUCACCUAGAACCUGGCUGGUGGCACUGCAACACUCUGUGCUUGGUUACUGUCACUUGGGAAAUGUUGUGAUGUGCUUCAUAGAGCUUGCUGCAGUGUGCAUAUGGUGGAAACUGAAGUUGGCCCAGGAGGGGGUGGUUGGCUUCGGUAGGAUCCUGUCACAUGUUCCUAGGGAUCAAAUAUGCUGCUCACCUGUCUCUUGAGAGCAGCUUGGAAUCAGGAAAGGCAUGCGUGACAGUCUCUGCAGGGUCCAUAAGAUUUAAUAAAAGAGUUUCCACAGGGAGCACUUGUGUGUCCCCUUGGUCUAGAACAAUUGCUUCCUGCCCGUCUCCUUGUCCGGAUGGGUACAGGAAGUGAUGAAGUAUGUUGAGCCACUGUCUAGUGAGCCGCAGGUGGCAGUUGAAGAUGUUGAGGUGUGGGCUUGGCUCUGUGGAAAUGUGCAACCAUGCUCACCCUCCUAUGGAGAACCAGAUACCCAGCAAAAUACGGUUCCAGGCUGAUGGUAGACAGGUGAACAGUGUUAUUGUUAAGAUGAAGGCUGAUGUUGUCUGUCUGUCGGCCCUCUCUUCAUACUACACUGUUUUGUUGCCCUCACAGCAAUGCUGAAGGAGAAUGUGAUAUUUGCCCUUCUAGCUGGAUAGUUUGGGAGCAUGGAGGUGUGUAAUCUAUAAUGACUUUUAAGUUCCUUUCUCUAAAGCAAUUGUAAGUCAUCCUUAAGGAUCUUUAUAGCAAAUUCGUUUGUCUAGGUUUCUGACUCUUUCUGGUGGUGGUGUUACUAAGAAAAAGGUUUUUUUUUUCUUUUUAAAAUAAAUUUCUUGUGCCAGGUAUAUAGUGAGGUCAAACAGAAAUCCCUUUUGUAGUAGCAAAUCAGAGAUGCUCUCCUCAGCAUGGAGCUUGCUUUAAGUGUUCCACCAUGCUGUAAUGUAGCACUGUACAGAGCUAGCCAAGCAGUGCCUUGAUGCAUCCAGGAGCUAUAUACUCUGUGAGUGAGAGAGAAAGAGCGAGUGGGACCGAGGAGGCGAGUGUGGGUGAAUGGAAGCAAUGCCCGUGGGUGGUCUGGGCGAGGGUGGUGAGAGAGGAGUGCCCCGUGCACAUGCUCUCGGUAGCUGGCCUCUUGGGUAGUUAGUUACCACCUGUAUUUGGGAAUGUGUAUUUUAUUUAUUUAUUGGAUAGUCAUUACUUGCUUUAAGGGUAUUUUAGGUCAUUUUUUUCUUAUAGAAGCUGUGAUCCAGUGCAGAAUAAACUUGAGGAAAAGCAUAACCUUCUGUGUCUUGUAAUAUGUGGCUGUUCUAACCUGUGGUAUCUUCUGGGUAACUCAGACAAAAGCUCCAUCACUGUCACAGAAGGUUGCUGCUGCCCUUCUGACAAGGAGUACAGUUGCUGUUUUUGAGCCAGUAUUUAAUCAAUGUUUUUAACCUUUUGUUUGUUUGAGGCAGAGGUUUCUCUGUGUAGCCCUGACUGUCCUGAAACUCACUCUGUAGACCAGGCUGGCCUUGAAUUCAGAGUUUUCCUGCCUCUGCCUCCCCAGGGUUGGGAUUAAAGGCAUGAGUGGCCACUGUCUAGUUGACCUGUGUCUUAAAGGAUGUUUAUUGUGUUUAUUUUCCAUGUUGGAGCAAUCUCUUUGACAGAACCUUUCUUUUCUUUCUGGGGUUGUCAUAGGCUUUGAUGAUGUGUCAAAGUGUCGAGUGGUUGUUGUUGCCAGAGGGACCCAAGUCUGUAGAGAUAGCUCAUAACUGAUUUGUAUCUGCACUAGGUAAAUGGAUAGAGGCUGUGGGCACUUUCUCUGAUGUUUCACAGAAGUGGAUUUUCUCACUUCGAUCAGUGAUCAGGUGUGAACCUGCCUCCGCCUGUCCUCCUGCCCCCAUUCCUCAUCACACAUGCACUGUGUAGGGAACAGUUGGGAGGCAGCAUUGGUUGUACCUGAGUGCCAGAACAUUGUAGAAGCACAGCCGAUGGGUCCUGAGGGAGCCCACUGUUGUCUGUCCACACAGAACAUGCUAUGCUCUGAAGGUCCUCCUUGAGUCAGGAUUGCUGAAGAAGCACCCUGGAGAUGAGGCAGCACAAGAUGCUGACUGGCAGGCUGUGUGCUGAGGUCUGUUCUCUGUGACAUCCUCUUCCCUGGAGACAGCAUCAUCUCUGCUCUCCUACACCCCAAAGUCUGUAGACUGAAGUGAAGAUCCAGAGCUAAACCAACAGCACUGUCCUAGAAUUUGGAGAGGAUGUGGCUUCCUAAGGUGGAGCUUUUGAGUGACCUUAGUACCUGGCAGCCUGAGGGCAGACUCCCCUUCGAAAGCUGGCUUACAAGUCAGCUAAUGUGAGAGCUGUGUGCAGUCAAUGGAGGUAGGCCAGUGAGGAGAUGGAGGAGAAAUAAUAGCCUGAGUGCCUUGUCACCAUGGAAACUGGAGUUCCUGAGGCCACAACCCAUGCUGAAGAGCUUUCGAGCAUGCCCCUGACAUGCUUGGUCCAGUAUGCUAUAGAGAAGGCGUUCUCUCACCUAAGGCCUUUCAGCAAGGCUUGCUGUGCGCUCUGUGUUCUCACUCGCCCACUCACUCGACCCCCAAAAGGUUUCUUAGGAGAAGGUUGUACCUAUUCGUUAUUUUUGAUUAUUUUGCAUAUAUAUAUAUGUAAUUGUAAAGAAAUAAUAUUGUCUUUUAUAUUCAUGUAAUACUCUGAAAUUAAAUUUUUUCUGUUUCA